UUGGGACCCAAAUUUGACAUUGGACAUCAAGUGUUGACCCACCAUAGUAAAAAACAUAACUUGUACUAAAUGUAUCCUGGGUCACAUUUUCUUUUAACUUUCAUAGUUUUGUUUCUCCCUCCUUUUUAAAGUCGAUUAGCAUAUAUAUGAGUACAUUAUAUUUAUUAUACAGUUUAUUUCCUAAUUUAAAACAUCAUUCAAACAGAACAUAUUACACUGGAAGAAAACUUUGUCCACAUGGCUUGAAGGUGCAGACAUUAAAGCCCUUUAUGUACUUGUACUUAUAUUUACAUAACAAUGUCAUAAGCACAGGUAAACCUAGCGCCAUCUGUGAGCCGUGGUCAUCGUCAGCACAUACACCGGCCAUUGUAUCUACUAAAAGAUAAUCACAUAGUAGUUGUACUGGGCAUGCGUCAAACGUGUUCAUAUUCGCUCGCAGUCAGAAAAUUAUACUCAUAAAGGCAUUAAGAAAUGUUUUGUAUUUAGACCAAACUCGACUCAAACAACUGAUUUCCUCUAUCCAGACCAGAGUCAGGUUUGGAGCUAAUCAAUGUAUUAAAUGGAAAGUAAAGAAGUGAGGUAUUAUGUCUCAUAACUAAGAAUCAAUAUACAUGCAUGGAAAGUUUAAAGGAUCACUGAAUUGUUCAGAUGCCACACUCAUUAUAAAACUCCUUGUUCAAAGGACAUGGACAAAGAGGCACCCGAGGAACAGUGCAUUACAGUGUACUAAGUGAUAUGAUAUUAUACUUUUAAAAGGAUGGUAUCAGCCCCAGGUUACUGAAGGCCUGAGCAGAUUCUGCAGCACCUCUUUAACAUUAGACUGUGCCAUGAGAAGGUUCCUGUGAUGUGGAAGACAUCCUGCCUUGUUCCAGUCCCUAAGAAGUCUUAUCCAUCUGCCUUCACGACUAUAGACUGGUUGCUCUAACAUCGCACAUCAUGAAAGUCCUAGAGAGACUGAUAUUGGCCCAUCUCAGAUGAGCACCUCUCUGGACCCAAUGGAGUUUGCCUACCGCCCCAAGGUUGGAGUUGAAGAUGCUAUUAUAUACCUGCUUCAGCGAGCCUACAAAAACUGCCGCUCACUGAAUGUUCUGUACUGAAUCUACCUACCUACCUACCUACCUACUGGUCAAAAGGUUUUCUUCGCAGCUGGAGUUGUUUGAAAGGAUCAGAGAUGUUGAAUGUGCCGUCUCAGACUUUUCCAGCAGUCGGAUCCCAGCAGAGAGUCACACCGACCGGACAGUCACGAAACAAGGUAGUGCUGAAGCCAGGACACAGUCUCCUGGACUGGAUCCGACUGACCAAGAGUGGACGGGAUCUAACCGGGCUGAGAGGAAGACUGAUCGAGGUGACAGAAGAAGAGCUGAAGAAUCACAACACCAGAAACGACUGCUGGACAUGCAUUAGAGGUAUGGUGUAUAACGUGAGUGCCUACAUAGAUUUUCAUCCUGGUGGAGAGGCGGAGUUAAUGAGGGCUGCUGGGAUUGACAGCACUGACCUGUUUGACCAGGUGCAUCGGUGGGUGAAUUAUGAGUCCAUGCUGAAGGAGUGUCUGGUGGGGAGGAUGGCAACAAAGCUCAACCCUGCUCCUCAAGCUCAGACAUCAACAACGGAGAAUGCUCAUUUGAACAGUAUGUCUCCUCCUCCACCCUUGAGACUGGAGCCUUCGACUACUGCUGCUCCCAUAGCCAAAGAUCAUCGCCCUCGGUAUGAUUGGUUCCAGACAGAUGCCACUGUCAACAUUGUUGUUUACACCAAACGGAAGAUUCCCAGCUCCGGCUGUGCAGUGGUGGAUCUGCUGGGUGAUACUCUUCGAGUGGAAAUGCUCUUAGGGAGGAUGUCGUACCUGCUGCACUGGCGCCUGUCCAGUGAAGUUCAAGGACGUGUUGAUGUCCAAACAGCCCAGUCGAUUGGAAAAGUUCAGGUGUGUCUCCACAAAACAGUCAAAGACAAGUGGACACGAGUGGGGCACCCACUAGAACUCCACGAUUCAUUCAUUCAAAGUAAUGAACGCUGCCUCUUCUACAGGGAAUGUGUGUUGGUUUCCAGAACAGAAGUCACACAUGACACCCAGCUCUUUUGUUUACAACUUCCUCCCGGGUCACGUCUGCAAGUUCCUGUGGGCAGACACAUCUACCUCAAAACCUCUGUUAAGGGUGCAGAUGUUGUGAAGCCAUAUACACCAGUGGAUCACUCACUAAUGCCUCCAGCUCAGUCCAGUGCAGAAAUGGGCACAUAUGUACAUCUCAUGAUAAAGAUUUAUCCCGAUGGUGUGCUGACGCCUCAUCUCUCCAACCUUCCCAUUGGAGCUCCUCUGUCAGUAGGUGGUCCCAUGGGGUCCUUUACCCUGCGAACGCUGCGUGAUGUCACUCACCUGUACCUGUUAGCAGCCGGCACAGGAUUCACACCCAUGACUCGUCUUGCACACCUGGCCCUACAGGACCUUACCUCAGUCAGAAAAAUCAAGCUGAUGUUCUUCAAUCGUCAGGAGAGGGACAUACUCUGGCGCUCUCAGCUGGAUGAGUUGUCUAUAAAAGAUGAAAGGUUUGGGGUGGAGUAUGUUCUUUCAGAGCCUGCAGAUUCCUGGACUGGCAGAACAGGACGGAUAGACUCUCAUAUGCUGCAGAACUUCCUGGAGAAACCGGAAAACUUCAAGUGUUUAGUGUGUGUGUGCGGCCCCACUGCAUUCACAGAGCUUGCAGUGCAGUUGGUCAGGCAGCUGGAUUUCAGCGAAGAGGAGAUUCAAGUAUUUCAAGGCUGAUGGGACCAUUGGAGUUUCUUUCUUUGCAUAUCAAAUGCACUCUGUCAAAAGUAUGCAAUUCUCCAGAGACGGAAGCCGUUAACCUUAUCAGCAACAAAAGCACUUUUUCUUCAACAUUUCUAUUGGAGGCUUGUUCCCCACUGGCUUCAUUGUUACCAAGACUUACAACUUAAAGCAAGAUUGAAUAUUUCUUCAUAAAUAUUUGAGUCUCCAGAAAGACAUAGAAAGUUCAAUAAAAACAACAGGAACAUCAAUAGAGAGCAGUUUUAUUGCUGUCCUCAUAUGGCAGAUAUUCAGAGUGGCCAUGGAUGCAAUACACGGGUGAAUUAACAGUGAGCAUUAUAGUUACUGUUUGGAAAUGUUUAUUUGACUGCCAAAUUAAUAGUUUCUAGAGAAACUAAGGUUUUGCAAUUCAUUUGUACAGAAUAUUUGACAAAUGUAUUAAAAUAGCUGUAAAUGGUGCACAAUUUUACUCAAAUGUAAACUUCUUAAUUCUGUUACCUGCCCCUCAAACUGUUGUAGCUGAAUUGAAAUCUGGUGGCACAGGUUUGAUGUCAGUUUAGCGUGUACAUGGAGAUAACUAUUUGUACCUGUUGAUCUACUGUAUGAUGCUGUGGAUGUGUUUGAUGUUACAGUUAACCAAAUAUUUAUUUCCAUAAGAAAAUGUAUGAAGCUUAUUUCUUGGAGAAAACUGUGAAAUAGAGAAUAACUGUAACACAGCUAAAACUGUUUAGUUUUGACCUCUUUGUACGUGCUCUUAUAUGCACUGAAAGUUCUUGGGCUUUGUUAAUGUUCUCAUACUUAAAGUUGCCACAGUCACUGCAUACUAUACAUGUGCUGUCAUUUAUUUGUAGCAUUUUGUUUUAUUAGUCUAUUUUUAUUUAUCUAUUUACCUUUUUUAGAAUUUAAAUGUUAAAAAAGAAUUUGUUUGAUAAAUGAGAUCUCUGAUUGUAGUCCUUGAAUACCAAAGAAUACCAAAGGUGAGAUCUUCACAGCCAUGAAGUUGUAUUGUAUUUCAUUAUUAUACUAAAUUAAACAAAGAAACUAGGCAGGAACAGUAACAGCUGAGCCGAGUGUGAUGACCUAAUUUCAGAUCUUAAAGCUUCAGCAUAAUCAAACAGAGCAGGUGUGAAGUUUAAGGUAAUAAUGAAAUGUCUCUCCCAUUUUUCUGUACAGAAUUCUGCAAUUUGAUUUAUCGUUGUCUGGGGAAGAUUCUUCAGCACAAUUGGUUUAAAUAUUUGGGCCAAAAUAAAAA